AAUGUCACAAACAAUUAAACACCCAAAAAGUCAGGAAGAAUUAAAUGCAAUUUUGGCAGAGGCAGGCUCUAAACUUGUCGUUAUUGACUUUUUUGCUACUUGGUGUGGUCCUUGUCGAUUAAUGACACCAAAAUUUAAUAAAUUAGCAGAUGAAUUUGCUGACCCAAUUUAUGUUGGGAUAGAUGUUGAUGAACAUGAACACAUUGCAGCUAAUUAUGAAAUAAAUGUAAUGCCAACAUUUGUUUUCUUCAAAGAUGGAAAGAAACUUGUAUUUAAAUUUCAGACCGUUAUUGAGGGAAAUAAUUAUGAGGAAUUGAGGAAAACAAUUGAAAGCAACAAAUGA